UGUUUCAAAUCAUUGAAAAUGAGAGCAAUAAUAACCUUUUUAAGGUAUCAUUUCAUUUUAAGCGUUGGCCAAUUUGCAUUAACUGUUGCUAAUAAUAAUCAAAGUAGAAUUGUCGGUGGUCACGAUGCAACCGACGGACAAUUUCCUUACCAAAUAUCUUUAAGAUAUAACGGUCAUCAUAUUUGUGGCGGUUCUAUUAUUCAGGAAAAUUAUAUUUUAACCGCAGCUCAUUGUAUAGAUGGUCAAAAACCUGAUAACUUUACUAUUGUAACUGGAAGUAAUCUAUUGGAUACAGGCGGAGAUAGUUAUCAGGUUGAAAAAAUUAUUCAACACCCCGAUUAUAAUUCUCAAUCGAUCAAAAACGAUAUAGCCCUUCUUAAAUUAACCGAUAACAUACAUUAUGGAGAUAAAGUUGGGCAGAUUAAGUUACCAAGUGAUGACAUUGGGCCUAAUGUUGGUGUUGUUUUAUCCGGAUGGGGAACUUUAACGUACCCCGGAAAACCCCCAAACAAACUUCAAACAAUCGAAUUAACCACAAUACCUAACUUAAGAUGCAUGUUGGAACAUCCAAUUCUUGGAUUUUUUAUGGGGGGUGUUUCCACAACGACUGUCUGUACAUUUUCAAAAGCAGGAGAAGGAGCUUGUCACGGUGAUUCUGGAGGUCCACUAGUUGAAGGAGAUCAUCAAAUUGGUGUUGUGUCUUGGGGAAUUCCUUGCGGGAAAGGGAGCCCCGACGUUUUUACGCGAGUUUAUAGUUAUUUAGGUUGGAUUAAUGAUAACAUGCAAACUUCAACACUUUUUUGUGAAAGUGACGGCAGAAUUGUUGGUGGAUAUGAUGCAGCUGAUGGAGAGUUUCCGCAUCAAAUUUCAUUAAGAUAUAAUGAGCGUCACAUUUGUGGUGGAUCAAUCAUAGGUGAAAGUUGGGUUUUAACUGCCGCUCAUUGUGUUAAUAAGCAAAAAGUAGAUAAAUUCACCGUUGUAACAGGAAGUAAUUUACUUGAUGCUGGUGGCGAUACUUAUAAAGUCGAAGAAAUUAUUCCACAUGAAGGAUUUAAUAGGAGCACAUUACUUGAUGAUAUUGCCUUAAUUAAAACGAAAGAUGAUAUAAAAUUUAAUGAUAAAGUGAAAAUUAUCGGAUUGGGGGAAAAUGAAAUGAAAGGGGGUGAAAAUUUGAUAUUAUCUGGUUGGGGUACAACUUCGUAUCCAGGAAAAAUUCCAAAUAAAUUACAAGCAAUAAAAUUGAUUUCAAUUACAAGUGCAGAUUGCGCUAAAGAAUUUCAAGAUAUAACUCCCGAUGAAGUUAAGAUAACGGAUGCUCACGUUUGUACUUUUACUAAAAAAGGCGAAGGUGCUUGCCAUGGCGAUUCCGGGGGACCACUAAUAAAUGGAAAUACCCAAGUUGGAGUUGUAUCUUGGGGACAACCAUGUGCUAAAGGUAAACCAGAUGUUUUUACAUCCGUUAUUUAUUACAGAGAUUGGAUAAAAGAACAUUCAAAUGUAUAAAACAAAAUAAAAUAAUAAAUACAUUCAGUGGUAAAAA